UUUAUGGCAAUGUUUACCCCAAAGGAUUUUAUUUUGUCCAAGUGGAUGUUGGGCACCCAUCAAAGCCUUAUUUUCUUGAUCCGGAUACAGGGAGUGACCUUACCUGGCUUCAAUGCGAUGCUCCAUGUGUCCAUUGUACAAGGGCACAUCACCCUUUCUACAAGCCCAACAAUGACCUUGUGAUUUGCAAGGACCCUCUUUGUGCCUCUCUGCAUCCAGCUGAUUAUAAAUGUGACACUCUAGAGCAAUGCGAUUAUGAGGUCGAGUAUGCUGAUGGAGGUUCAUCUCUCGGUGUCUUGCUCAAUGAUGUCUUUUCUUUUAAUCUUACCAGUGGGGUUGCGGUUAAACCUCAUCUGGCUCUCGGGUGCGGAUAUGAUCAGAUACAUGGUCCAUCUCGCCAUCCUUCAGAUGGGGUACUUGGCCUUGGAAAAGGAAAAACCGGCAUUCUCUCACAGCUGAAGAACCUUGGUCUGGUGAGAAACGUGGUUGGCCACUGCCUGAGUUCACGAGGUGGAGGGUAUCUCUUCCUUGGGGAUGAUGUUUAUGAUGCCUCUCGCGUCACUUGGACACCAAUGUCACAUGAUAUCACGAAUCACUAUGCUCCAGGGCCUGCAGAACUACUUUUUGGCAGUAAAAGUACCGGAGUAAAGAAUCUUCAUGUGGUGUUUGAUAGCGGGAGCUCUUUUAGCUAUUUGAAUACGCAACCGUACGAAGCUUUACUAUAUUUACUGGAGAAAGAACUGAGAGGUAAGCCCCUAAAAGAAGCAGAUGAUGACCCAACGCUACCCUUAUGCUGGAAGGGAAGGAAGCCUUUCAUGAGCAUCAGCGAAGUGAAGAAAUACUUCAAGUCCUUCUCACUCAGCUUUGCUGGUGGAUGGAAAUCCAAAACUCUGUUUGAGAUCCCCCCUGACUCAUAUCUUAUCAUCUCAUCAAAGGGCAAUGUUUGCAUGGGAGUUCUGAACGGCACCGAAGCAGGACUGCAAAAUUUCAACAUUAUCGGAGAUGUGUCUAUGCAAGAUAGACUAGUGAUUUUUGACAAUGAGAAGAGUGCAAUAGGAUGGACUCGUGCAAAUUGCGAUCGCCCCCCAGUGUCCAACAUUGUUUUCAUCUAAAUCUGGAGGAUUUUUAAUCUUCUCACUUGUAAUAAUAGCCUAUUUGAAAAUGGUCAAAUAAGCUCUCGAGCUAUUUUAUUUAAUGCCAUUGAGACCACCAAAUUUCAAACCUUCAAUGAAAAAAUGAACCAAAAAAUUAUGUAAUCGAUUUUUACCAAAAUACAUAGAUACGUACUUAUAUGUGUAUGAGUGUGUCUAUACGUACAUACAUGAUAUACCACAUAUAUAGGCCCAAGAGUCUGAAGUAUAAUGUUAUAAAAGAAUUUGUUAGGUAAGUGUAUGAAAUUCUUCAGAUAAUUUGAUUGUUAUGGAUUCUCUCAAUGAAAAGAGUAUGAUUUGCAAAGAUUGUUUUCAUUAAUGUCACAUAUAUUGCUUAGAGGGAAUUGAACAUUUAUCUCUCAGAUUUUAUUUUGUCCAAGUGGAUGUUGGGAACCCAUCAAAGCCUUAUUUUCUUGAUCCAGAUACGGGAAGUGACCUUACCUGGCUUCAAUCUGAUGUUUCCUGUGUCCAUUGUACAAGGGCACAUCACCCUUUCUACAAGCCCAACAAUGACCUUAUGAUUUGCAAGGACCCCUUUUGUGCCUCUCUGCAUCCAGCUGAUUAUAAAUGUGACACUCUAGAGCAAUGCGAUUAUGAGGUUGAGUAUGUUGAUGGAGGUUCAUUUCUCGGUGUCUUGCUCAAUGAUGUCUUUUCUCUUAAUCUUACCAGUGGGGUUGUGGUUAAACUUCAUCUGGCUCUCGGAUACACGGUCCAUCUCGCCAUCCUUCAGAUGGGGUACUUGGCUUUGGAAAAGGAAGAACCGGCAUUCUCUCACAGCUAAAGAACCUUGGUCUGGUGAGAAACGUGGUUGGCCACUGCUUGAGUUCACGAGGUGUAGGGUAUCUCUUCCUUGGGGAUGAUGUUUAUGAUGCCUCUCGCGUCUCUUGGACACCAAUGUCACAUGAUAUCACGUAAUGUGGACUUCUCAUAGGCAUAGUUGAAAACACCCCCACCCCAUCCUAAGUAAAGCAAUGAAAAGCAAAAUGGUGAGUUUUGAGUCUAAAUAUGUGAAGGUAUGAGUUUUCAACUAUUCAAUUUCUUGGAUGAUACAGAAUGAAACACUAAUUAGUUAAUUAAAAAGCUGAAUCAUUGCUUUGGAUUAUCACAUUUUUUCAUUUAUUGCAGAUGUGUCUAUGCAAGAUAGACUAGUGAUUUUUGGUAAUGAGAAGAGUGCAAUAGGAUGGACUCGUGCAAAUUGCGAUCGCCCCCCAGUGUCCAACAUUGUUUUCAUCUAAAUCUGGAGGAGUUUUAAUCUUCUCAUUCGUAAUAAUAGCCUAUUGGAAAAUGGUCAAAUAAGCUCUCGAGCUAUUUGAUUUAAUGCCAUUGAGACCACCAAAUUACAAACCUUCACUGAAAAAAUGAACCAAAAAAUUAUGUAAUCGAUUUUUACCAAAAUACAUAGAUACAUACUUAUAUGUGUAUGUGUGUCUAUACGUACAUACAUGAUAUACCACAUAUAUAGGACCAAGAGUCUGAAGUAUAAUCUUAUAAAAGAAUUUGUUAGGUAAGUGUAUGAAUUUCGUCAGAUAAUGUGAUUGUUGUGGAUUCUCUCAAUGAAAAGAGUAUGAUUUGCAAAGAUUGUUUUCAUUAAUGUCACAUAUAUUGCUUAGAGGGAAUUGAAUAUUUAUCUCUCAGGUUUUAUUUUGUCCAAGUGGAUGUUGGGCACCCAUCAAUCUUUUACGUAGUAUUUGCUAAGGGGGAUAAUAACCCUUGAGAGUAUCAUUAAGGCACAUGAGAUUAUCAAGAAAGGUUACUAUUGGAGGGAUGGAAAUGGUUCGGCGAUUAACAUUUGGACCGAGUCCUGACAAAAAAUCAUCAUAAACUUCUUGUAUCAGCUCCUUUUUUGGGUUUGGAGUAAGCAUGGGUCCAGAAUCUUUUGAAUGAGGAUGGAAAGGGAUGGGAUACUGAUCUUCUACGAGAUGUCCUAAAGCAGCGUGAUGUCGACGAUUUGAUAAAAGGGAUCCAUCCCAAUUAGCGUUAGAUCUGUGCCCGACAAACUAAGUUGGCAGUGGGAGAGUUCGGGAAAGUUCUUUGUUCGUAGUUGUUAUAGAGCCCUGGUUGGUGAAUCUGUGGCUGGACUCAUGUGUGGGGGUGGAACGAAGUUACCACCCAAGGUUGCAAAGGAGGCUGCAUGGGAGGCGAUUAGGUGGUAUUGGACAGGUUCUCCGGCGCGGUCAUUCAUGGAAUAAGUCCAGGCUGAAUUUGGAGCUAGCUAAGGAGGAGGAUGAGUUGUGUAGGCUUAUUUGGGGUUGCUGGGGACUUUGGUGUGAAGUGUGAACGAAAUAACAGGAAUUGGAAUGGUGUACGUGCAGACUGAUGAUCCGAAACAGGUGCUGCGCCGUAUGUUGAUGGCUGGUGUAUGGCGCAGCAGCGAGAUGGGAGCGGAAAUGGAAAUCAAGGAAUGGCAAUCGUUUGAGCUUGGAGAAGACCUUCUUCGGGCAGGAUAAAAACGAAAUGUGGAUGUGGUCGUGAGGGAUAGACUUUGUGGACUGGGAUGGCUUAUACUGGGAACUUCUUAGCAGGUGUUUCAAAUGGGGGAUUUUGUCUCCGCUAGAAGCCGAACUGAUCAGGUGUGAAAAUAUAGGAUUGGAUUAUGUGGAUGUGGAGUCGGAUUCUAUUGGGGCUAUUUCGGAGAUAUUGCAGAAGAGGAGUAUUUCUUAUUGGUGGUGAUAUUAGAGAGAUUAAUUCGAGCUUUCUAUAUCUCUUUUUCUCAUAUUAGUUUGCUAAGGCGGCUUGUUCUACAUUUGAUUGUUUGAGCUGCGAUGUUUAUCCUCCUUUUAUUCUUCAUGUACUGAAUACUGAUUUAUUGAAUGAAAGUUAAAUUUUUCUCUUCAAUUUUUUUAAAUACAAUAAAAAUAAUACUUACUGUAUUAUGUAAUACUUUUAAAACCAUAGAUAAUAAGCGCCUCUGCUAACGGAGUGAAGCCCUAGCCGCCGCGCGUAAGAUGCUUGGACGGAUGCUUGCCGAUCACGAUCGCUGAUGCUCGCCGGUCUCUGCUCGUUUUAUUCCCUUUGCCUAAAUUCUUAAUUAAGGAACAAAGACAACAAUAGUGAAAGGAUGACAUCAUCGAGUAAGGGUCAUGGGCGAAGCUUGGGGUUAAAAGCUGGAACAGAUCUGGAUUCAAGGUCUUCUGCAAUUGGUGGCGAAAGUGGAGGCUUGACAGAGAUCGUGAUGAAUAAAAGGAAGAGUGAGGAAGAAGCUAUAGUAUUGUCGUCUCGUCCUCCUCCUGAACCGCCGCCGGAGUAUCAGAAGUAGAUAGGAGGUUCCGAUAUGUGUUUGGAAGUGGUGCUCUGGAAGUAGGAGCAAGAGUUUUUUUUUUUUUUUGCUAUUUAAUUUCUUUUACUAUAAUUUCUUUAUUUUGUUCUGUUGUAAGACUGUGUAUUUCGAUGGGGGUGA